CGUACCGCUUGUGGAUUCCCCCCCCCCUUCGACCAGGCUUGAGCGUGCUCUUUGCUCCUCCAUCACCAGGAGUUGCUUUCACCACACAGCUAGAAAAAAUGUGGCCGGGCAUAGCGGCGAUACUUUUGUUGUGCUUGUGUGGAGAUUCAAUGGCUGGCUUUCCAAACCAAAUCAACAUCGGUGGACUUUUUAUGCGCUCCACAGUGCAGGAGCACAGCGCCUUCAGGUUUGCAGUGCAGCUGUACAACACGAACCAGAAUGCCACGGAGAAACCUUUCCACCUCAACUAUAACGUCGACAACCUGGAGUCGUCUAACAGCUUCUCCGUCACACACGCCUUCUGCUCUCAGUUCUCCCGAGGGGUCUACGCUAUCUUCGGCUUCUACGACAGGAAGUCCAUGAACACUCUGACCUCCUUCUGCGGGGCGCUGCACACCUCCUUCAUCACACCCAGCUUCCCCAUCGACGCCGACGCGCAGUUUGUUAUCCAGAUGAGGCCCGGCUUGCGAGGAGCCGUUCUUAGUCUGCUGGACCAUUACAAGUGGGAGAAGUUUGUCUACCUUUACGACACCGAUAGAGGUUUUGCCAUCCUCCAGGCCAUCAUGGAGUCGGCUGUAGCUAACAACUGGCAGGUGACAGCUCGCUCGGUGGGGAACAUCGUGGACCCCACCGAGUAUCGGCGCAUCAUUGAGGAGAUGGACCGCCGGCAGGAGAAACGCUUUCUCGUCGACUGCGAGGUGAACCGGAUCAACUCCAUUCUUGAGCAGGUGGUGAUUGCGGGCAAAAACACCCGAGGAUACCACUACAUACUCGCCAACCUGGGUUUUUCCAACAUGAGCUUGGACAGGGUCUUUUCUGGUGGAGCCAACAUCACAGGCUUCCAGAUCAUCAACCCGGAAAGCGCCAUUGUGCAGCAGUUCCUCCAACGCUGGGAGCGUCUUGAUGAACGAGAAUUCCCAGAAGCUAAAAACACUCCACUGAAGUACACAUCGGCACUGACCCAUGACGCCAUUCUCAUCAUCUCGGAGGCCUUCCGCUACCUUCGCCGCCAGCGUGUGGACGUGUCCCGUAGGGGAAGCGCGGGCGACUGCCUCGCUAAUCCUGCCGUGCCUUGGAGUCAAGGCAUUGACAUAGAGCGAGCUCUGAAAAUGGUCCAAGUUCAAGGCAUGACCGGAAACAUCCAGUUUGACACAUUCGGGCGAAGAGCUAACUACACAAUCGAUGUGUACGAAAUGAAGUCAGGAGGCCCGAGGAAGAUCGGCUACUGGAACGAAUAUGAAAAAUUUGUAUUUAUAAUGGAUCAGCAGGUCACCAACGAGUCGUCUUCUGUGGAAAACCGAACAAUUGUGGUCACUACUAUUAUGGAAGCGCCAUAUGUGAUGUACAAGAAAAACUAUAUGCAGCUGGACGGGAAUGACCGAUAUGAAGGCUACUGUGUCGAUUUAGCGACUGAAAUUGCAAAGCACGUGGGGAUCAGAUAUAAGCUGUCGGUAGUUCCGGAUGGGAAAUACGGAGCCAGAGAUCCAGAGACCAAGACGUGGAACGGGAUGGUGGGUGAACUGGUUUAUGGGAGAGCUGACAUAGCAGUGGCUCCUCUCACUAUAACGUUGGUACGAGAAGAAGUGAUAGACUUCUCCAAGCCCUUUAUGAGCUUGGGCAUCUCCAUUAUGAUAAAGAAGCCUCAAAAGUCCAAGCCCGGCGUCUUUUCCUUCCUGGACCCGCUGGCCUAUGAGAUUUGGAUGUGUAUAGUGUUCGCCUAUAUCGGCGUGAGCGUGGUGCUGUUCCUGGUGAGCCGCUUCAGUCCUUACGAGUGGCAUCUGGAUGAGAACGAUGAGGCCAAAGACCCUCAGAGCCCCCCCGACCCGCCCAACGACUUUGGCAUUUUUAAUAGCCUGUGGUUCUCGCUGGGUGCCUUCAUGCAGCAAGGAUGCGAUAUCUCGCCAAGGUCACUCUCGGGCCGCAUAGUCGGGGGAGUGUGGUGGUUCUUCACCCUCAUCAUCAUCUCCUCCUACACGGCCAACCUGGCGGCUUUCCUCACCGUGGAGAGAAUGGUUUCUCCCAUCGAGAGUGCCGAGGACCUGGCCAAGCAAACGGAAAUCGCCUACGGGACGUUAGAUUCAGGCUCCACAAAGGAGUUCUUUAGGCGCUCCAAAAUAGCCGUUUAUGAGAAAAUGUGGUCGUACAUGAAAUCGGCGGAGCCGUCGGUGUUUGCCAAGACGACACCUGACGGGGUGUCUCGGGUACGAAAGUCAAAGGGCAAGUUUGCCUUUCUCCUGGAGUCCACCAUGAAUGAGUACAUAGAGCAGCGGAAGCCGUGCGACACCAUGAAAGUGGGCGGCAACCUCGAUUCGAAAGGCUACGGCGUGGCCACACCCAAAGGCUCCGCAUUAGGAACUCCAGUAAACCUUGCCGUAUUGAAACUCAGUGAACAAGGCAUCUUAGACAAGCUGAAAAACAAAUGGUGGUACGAUAAAGGUGAAUGUGGAACCAAGGACUCGGGAAGUAAGGUCAGUCGCUGCAGGUCUUUUUAUGCUGAUUGCCCCAAACAGUGCAUUGUGGCCUAGUCGCUCAUAUCUGCAUCUCUGACAUCGUAGCUGCAACUUCACCAGGAAACAUUUGUACAUCGACCUCACCCUGCACACAAUUACGUAGUGGAUGAUCAUGAUUCAUGCAUGUCCAAGUUGACGAUUCCUCGGUCCAGUUACAGCAUGAUCACGCCGCGGGGCUUUUUUUGAACUCAUGCCAUCAAGCAACGUUGGAAUGAAACCAUCCUGCUGCUAUUUAAUCAUCCAGGCUGCUAUUGAAAUGGAAUUUAUUGGUGUUUGCUAGCUCAAUUUACCGACUUGUUUUCUCACAAACUGACUUUUGAAUGCCACUUUCACCUGGAAGGGGUGUCUUAAGAGUCAAGUUUCUCGCGGGAUGGUCUCAGUAAAAAGUCAUGACCAAUUGAAUACGCUCAGUAAGAAACAACUGAAAGGUGUGAUGACGGCUCUUACUUUCUCCAAUUAAUGAGACAAGUCAUGUUGCAGCUACAAGUUGGAAUAACAUUAGAAAGUUUUAGGCUCAUAUUUGCACUGUCACCAAAAUUAUUCACAUUAUUAAAAUAAUCACAUCACAGCUUUAGUUGCAAUGAAAUAAGUGCACUUUUUUUUAAAUAAGCGCAGCGCAGUUUAACAUUGAAAAUAGGGAAACUCACAUAAAUUGCUUUCAAUAUUAUUGUUUGGCGUUUAAUAGCAGCAAAAUGGAGUAAGUUUGAGGGUUCAAUGAGGGUUUCACAUGUAGACCUGUACGACCACGACCGCCUUCCUUUUAGAAUAAAGCAGCCGUUAGUUACCACUUGUCUGCAUUCACCUUCCUAGUUGUUACUUAAUCGGCCUCCGGAAGGGGCUUUAGUCAGAGUCGGCUAGCGUGUGACAGAAUGCUUUGCAGCCUCGCCUCGCCGCUUCCC